AUGCUGGGCCGACUAUUAAGCACAGCAGCUUCAACCUUGAACCCUGCUGCCUACUCCAAUCGAAACCAGACCCCCCUCGAAUCGGUGACCGAGGAAGAACACACAUCCAGCCUCCUCUUCCCCGAUGCUAGCCUCCUCCGACGCUCCAAUACCCAUGCUUACCCGCUGCAAUCUACCUUCACCUCUCCAAAUGCCUCGACCGCAGGGGCCUACGAUGACCGCGGGGGGUUGGAAUUGGAUGCCAUCAAAGACUUUCGGGUAGUUGUGGCCCAGAAUGCCCUGGGUGAUCGGGACGCAUGUGUUUUGCUGGACACCCGAUCUUCGUCCGGUUCGCCCCCCACUGGUCUUGGAAUAGAUUCACAGAGCCUCGAACAAACGGGGACCAAGCACACCCGCGCAGUUUCCAGCCUCUCGCGCGGAUCCCGUCGAAAUUUCCCGACCCAGUCCUCUGUUGUCGAGUCGCGACCUCUCCCCGCCGCCGCCGCAGAUGCCCGCCGAUCAACACCGGCAAGCCCUGGCGCCUUCUCGCGGGCCCGUGGCCGUAGCUCCACCCUGGCCUCAGGAACGUGGCACGAAGGUCAAUCCCGACAUGCAGCCGAUUCGAACGACACGGGCCUCCUGAACUGCAUAUUCGGCAGCAGUGCUUUCAGCUACCGGGGGUCAUCCACGAAAAUGCAUAUCAUAUCUGCCGACGAGGAACCAGGUGCUGCGACUAGUGGUUCACCUGCACGAAGCCCUCUUGCUCGUGCCUACACCACCGGCAGCUCUUCAGGACUGAUGGGGGCUGCCCGUGGCGCGGAUGGCAAGCCGCCCUCCAAAGUCACCGUUCUUUUGACCAGAAUGUUCAGUGUUAACUUACCGGAAGGGGCCGAGGCAUCGGCUGACCGAUUUGACUAUGCUAAUGGUAUCUACCAGGAGUCUCUACCGGAUUUAGGAUUCCCCUUUCCGGACGUCUCCAAGCGCAAGAAAAUUAAAGAGAAGAAAACGCCAAUGUAUGCUGUGGCCAUUACAAUCCAGAUUCCUCUGCUGGCACGCAAUUCGGGACGGCCUGUCUCGCGAUUUAGCACACUGAGCCCAGACUCUCCUCGGCCUGGUUUGUCCAGUUCUUUGGACUCGGAUUACCGUUGGCCAGUAUUCCUUGACGAUAGCCUGUCUUCCGCGUCUCCACCUGCCAGCUUGGAUGAACGUCUAGACUUACUCGUCGAUCACUGGGAUGUCAUUACCCGCACACUCUCUCACCUGGAAAACCUUGCCAGAAAUGAGAUCCUCUUCCUUCUGAGAAAAGUGGACUCUCUAAGUGGACCGCAUCCGAAACCCGCUAAACCUCCGAAUAUGCAACGGACCAACCAAACUAUUGUACAUCUUCCAGCGAACAUCCUCUCGGUGAACUCCAAGCUCAAAGAUGAGGCUCUCCGCAGUACACGCCGCAUCAGUUUGGCCCUCCAGACCCCCUACGUGGUGACUGGUCAAAGCCGGUGGGGUGUCUGGCGGGAGGAAGGUCGUUCGAUUGUGCGUGGCCUCGGGGACAAAGAACACAGUUUUUUCUUCUUGGUUCUUCUCACAGCAUUCUUGGGAAACCACACCGAGUGGCUUAAUGCGUUGGGGCCUGAUUGGUAUCGGCGUCGCCAUCACCAGCAGCAAAAGUCCCAGCAGGACACCGAUCCCAUUGUCUCGAGCAGAACAGUUAUUAUUUGCCCCGACAAAAUGACUGCUCGCCGGCUUGUUUUCUUGCUCUCCGCCUUUCUCCCAUCUAAGCAACGCCCUGACCUGUUGCCAUCCCCUCUCCGUCCUGGGACCUCCGCUUCCAUGCGAGCCGUCUCGCAAAGCCCGCCUGCCGUACCUGUGCUUCGCCAGGAGUCUCUUCGACGAGCAAUUGAGCGGCGUGCUCGUGCACAGCGACAAUUUCUAGGCGAUAACGAUUAUCAUCGGCGAUCUGUGAGCGCGGGAUCCCCGGAUACAAAUCAGCGAUCGACCGAGAAUGAUUUGACUCCCACUCCAGAGCAAAUAUCAAACCGUAGAGGGUCUGAUGCUCGAUCGACCAGGACGCUUGGCGCAAGUACCCAAGCUAAGGAUGCUCGGGCUAAGAACACCAGUGGAGCAACAAUCUCCAUUACAUCCCAGAGCAGCAUGGUCCCUGUACCGCAUUUUGCAUCACAGCAAAGCCGGUCUAGCCAGAGAAGAAUAGACCACAGUGCGACUGAUGGGAACGAAAGCCUGGCAUCGGAGAAUCUGCUGAAGAGCCUACAAAGAAGCGAGAGCUCGGUACUGAGCUCGAAUGGAAGUGCUCCUUCCGCUGGGGGCGGAUGGGGAGGUUUAUUCUCCGGGUUGUGGAGCUCGCGGCAGGAGUCGUCGGAAGGAACUGAGCCUUACUCCCCUUCUCAUGAUCGUAAACGGUCUGUGUCGACCAUUGCCGGCCCUCCCAUGCGUGGGCCAACCACUCUGAGUCAAAUGGUCAAAGAUGUUGCUGAGAUUGAAGGGGAACAUCGCCCCGAGACAGCACCAAGUGGUAACAUCUUGAUUCCUGCCACAUCACCAUCUGCCCCUCACGGGUCCGAAGAUGAAUCACCGGAACCAUCAUCCCUUACCAGCCAAGUUCGUGAGACUCCGCUGAAGAUGUCCGUACGAGCGGAGGAAGGCGUGGUCGAUGUCGAUGUCCCACUUCCUGGAUUUUUGUCCCUUUCUUCCUCGGGUGAUUCGACUGUCGCUUCGCCCAGGAAGACUCGGACAUCGGUCACAAGCUUUGAUGCUCUUGCCUCGACGCAUAGCAGUGGCUCGGGAUUCCAUUGUGGCCCGAAGGACAAUGAUGGUCUCAACAUCCACGUCGCUGGCUGGUUGAAGUUGUUCCACGAAGACUUCUCACUUCAAGCUGUCCGCCCGUACGCUGCUUUGGAAAAUGAUAUCAAGCGUGCGAUGCAAGCCGAGCCCGCCCCAUAUUUGCCUUCUACACCUGCCUUCACACCCGAAGUGGACGGGACUGGGAAGUGGAUAGAUGUUGCGACGACUUUGAUCGCAGAUACGCGAACCUGCACCGUGAAGCGACUUCGACUGAAACGAAAAGUGAACGUCGGCUACGGUCUCGGACCCGUUCAUAGUCCGUCCUCCCCAAUCAACGCGCUUUACACAGGCAGCAGUCGCCAAAUGACUGGAAGUGCUGCGUCUUCCGCGCAUCUUGGUGGUUUCUUUUCCGGGCCCGGGAAGUCCUCCGGCGGCAACAUCAUUGAAGGCCAGGAUUCGAAUUUCGUGGAAGAGCGAUUUGUUGAGGAACCUGUCAUGGACCUUGAUGGUACACUCGUCGAUGCGGUGGAGCGUGUCCUCGCACGAAGCGGCUACUCGUCCCUCGCACAUUCGCGAGCUCCAUCUCCCAACCGCACUCGUCGCGGUGAAGACAAGGGGGAAGCACCACCCCCCGCGGCGAAGAUGCGCCUUCCCUCGAAGUUCCUCGCGCUGAGUGUCGAUGCGGACGAGGACGAGAUCGCCCUUGCUGAUCGAGAACGCAACAGAUCUCUGGCUGGUGCUGACAACACACUGCGAGAGGGAAUUCGCAAAUGGCUGGUUGAUGUCGAGGAAGCAUGGUGA